AGACAUUCCAUUGGCUGCAUUUUGGAAAUGUACUCGCUACGACGGUUUCAACAAGUGUUUGUGAUGAACGUUUCGCACGCAUCCGACGACAACGCAGCGGCGACCAUGAACGCUGCGUCACAACGGGAAACCAUCCGCGCAGCCUUUAGAGCGUUUGACGAAGACGGCAGCGGCCGCAUCGAUGCGAACGAACUGUCGGAUCUCAUCACGAGUCUCGGCGGAGUCAUGUCGUCCGUGGAGCUCCAAGAGGCACUGCGGGUAUUGGACAAGGACGGCGACGGCGUCGUGGAUCAAGACGAAUUCGAAAAGUGGUGGACCAGCGCAUCCGACGACUUGGACGGCGAUGGGCGCCUCGGCCAGUUGGAGACGGCGUUGGCGCGACUCAAGGAGCACGGGCAGAAGCGGUUCCACGUCGACAUCCACACCGCAUGCUGGCAUGGCCACUUGGAUGUGGUCACGCGACUCGUGGAAGCAGACAGAGAGAUCGUGCAUGCCAAGGACACGACCGAGUUUGGGGAUUUGAACACUCCGCUGCACUAUGCUGCGUACCAAGGCCACCUCGACCUGUGUCAGUUUUUGCUCCACGACGCACGGGCCAAAGUGGAUGCCACCAACGCCAUGGGGUGCACUCCGUUGUUUUAUGCCUCACAACAAGAUCGACAUCACGUCGUCAAGUUCCUUCUCCAGGGUGGCGCGAAUGCUCGCUUGCGCGAAUCCGAGCACCACUUUAGUGCCGUGGACGUCGCGUGUUCCCUCGACAUGCUCGUCGUGUUUCGAAGUCACACGCCCAACGACAAACCGUCGGUCCCGUUGGCGCCGGUGGUAGCCGCCACAGUGCCCUCAACCUCUCGGGUUCAAAUCUCAUGGCGACCGCCGGCGUCCAAACCGUCGGAAUCGCUGCCCAUCUCGGGCUACAAAAUCAAAGUUACGCUGCUGUUGUCGAAUGAACCAUUGACGACGACGCUGCAGCUCGUGGGACCGCAUCCCACCACGUUGUGGCUGGACAAGUUGGUCCAGGACGCAUCGUACACCGUCCAAGUGGCCGCCGUGACAUUGCACGGAGCGAGCGACUACAGCAUCGGCACUGUCAUCUCCACUUUACCAGAUAUACUAGUAGGCGAUUAACUACAUAUUACUAGUUACGUAGUACAACA